AUGUUGGUAGUUUUAGUUGAAAAUCCUUCUAUAGAAGUCAUGAUUUAUAACCUUAAUUCAAAUUCUUGGAAGGUUUUGGAUUCACCAUUUGAGGGUGCGACAGCUUUUGAUGAUCAAGUUAGAGGUGUUUUCAUUGGUAAGGCUUUGCAUUGGGUUAUGAGAGAUUGGAAUUUCAUGGAUGUUUUUGUUGUUGCCUUUGAUCUGCAAACUGAGCAAUUUUAUUCUAUGCUAUUACCUAAGUACCCCGAUGUUUUUAUUGGUAGGUAUCCAACUUAUGUUGUUGAUAUGUGGGUGAUGAGAAAGUAUACAGAUGAGGAUUCUUGGUUUAAGUAUACUUUGAAGCUCCCAAUUUGCAAAUUGUAUACUUCUGUUGUUCCCAUUGCCUUGACCAAGGGUUAUCACCAUCAUGUUCUUUUACAAAUUAUGUUUGAUAGUUUCAAUGAAAAAUCCAACUCUCUUCUCCUAUACAACUUAAAGAGAAGGUCUGCAACAUUCCUCCAUAAUCCUGUUACACUUUCAACUUUGGCUGCAUGUAUGUCAGAUGCAAACAAUGAAGACAUUGUUAUUACAAUCACAGAUGUUGAAGCAACAAAAACUGUAGCUGAAUAA